UUCUCCUCCCUCCUCCUCGGCACCGGACAGACAGCCAGAGCGCACCAGGAGCGCAUGAGGGAUAGAUGAACUUCUUCUUGCCUCCCGAACUUUAACCGUCUCUCCCUCUCUCUCUCUCUCUCUCUUUCCUCGCUGCUUCCGAAGCGAAAUCCUCCUCCGCCCCCCAGAACCUCAACCCCAGAAGAUUCUCAUCUACAAUGGAUUUACUGCAGUCGCGAUCCCGUUGCGAAUGAUCACAUCUUUUAUAAUUUCCCUUGGCGUCGCGAGUCGACAUGAUGGCAUCAAUAGGGGAAUUUGAUCCUCUCAACACCAGAGUCCCUGCAACUAAAAUAGAAGUUACCGUGUCGUGCAGGAAUCUACUGGAUGUGGACACGUUCUCCAAGUCAGAUCCCGUGGUCGUCUUGUAUUUGCAGGCUGUGGGAACCAAAGAAUGGAGGGAGUUCGGCAGGACGGAGGUAAUCGAUAACACCCGCAAUCCAGAUUUCGUCAGGAAGUUUGUCCUGGAUUUCUUCUUUGAGGAGAAACAGAAUCUGAGGUUUGACGUGUACAAUGUGGACUCCAGAAGCUGCAACAUAUCCAAACACAAGGACUUUCUGGGCCAGACCUUCUGCACACUCGGAGAAAUCAUCGGCUCCACAGGAGGACGUCUGGAGAGGAGCCUCUCUGGGAUUCCGGGGAAGAAGUGCGGAGUGAUUAUCUUCACCGCGGAGGAGCUCAGUAACUGCAGGGAUAUCGCUACCAUGCAGUUGUGUGCCAACAAGCUGGAUAAAAAGGAUUUUUUUGGCAAGUCUGACCCCUUCCUGGUUUUCUACCGCAGUAACGAGGAUGGAACGUUCACCAUCUGCCAUAAGACGGAGGUGAUCAAGAACACGCUGAACCCGGUGUGGCAGUCCUUCACCAUCCCCGUAAGAGCGCUCUGCAACGGCGAUUAUGACAGGACUGUGAAGGUAGACGUCUUUGACUGGGAUCGAGAUGGAAGCCAUGACUUCAUUGGCGAGUUCACCACAAGCUACAGAGAGCUGUCUCGGGGGCAGAACCAGUUCAACGUCUACGAGGUUUUAAAUCCCAAAAAGAAAGGCAAAAAGAAGAAGUACAUCAAUUCUGGGACUGUAACUCUGCUGUCCUUCAAAGUGGAGUCCGAGUAUACCUUCGUGGAUUUCAUCCGAGGAGGAACCCAACUGAAUUUCACGGUGGCUAUAGAUUUCACAGCAUCCAAUGGCAACCCAUCCCAGCCCACCUCCCUCCACUAUAUGAGCCCCUACCAGAUGAAUGCAUAUGCCAUGGCCCUGAAAGCAGUAGGGGAGAUUAUCCAGGACUACGACAGCGACAAGCUCUUUCCUGCCUACGGCUUCGGGGCUAAGCUGCCCCCCGACGGCAAAAUCUCCCACGCGUUCCCACUGAGUGGUGACAACGAUAAUCCAAACUGCGUGGGCAUUGACGGAGUCCUCGAGGCCUAUUUCCAGAGCCUGAGGACAGUACAGCUGUAUGGACCCACCAACUUUGCACCUGUUAUCAACAAAGUGGCAAACUGUGCGGCAGAGAUUACAGAUGGCUCUCAGUACUUUGUCCUGUUGAUGAUCACAGAUGGAGUCAUAUCAGACAUGGUCCAGACCAAAGAAGCUGUGGUCAACGCGGCGUCGCUCCCUCUGUCCAUUAUCAUCGUAGGCGUUGGGCCUGCUGAGUUUGACGCUAUGGAGGAGCUGGAUGGAGAUGAGGUGAGAGUAUCCUCCAGAGGACGCCUCGCUGAGAGAGACAUUGUUCAGUUUGUUCCGUUCAGAGACUACAUCGACAGAUCUGGUAACCAGGUCCUCAGCAUGGCCCGGCUGGCUAAAGACGUCCUGGCCGAGAUCCCCGACCAGCUGCUGUCAUUUAUGAAGAGCCGAGGAAUUGAGCCGAGACCAGCUCUCCACCUCCCCGCUACCGGAGCUGCACCGGCACAUCUGACCCCCACACGCCGUCUCCUUCGCCUCUCUGCCCCGACUCCGUCUCCGUCUCUUUUUCUCUGUCGCCCUCUCUGCUUAUCUCCUCCUGUUUGUCACUUUAAAGGAGCGGAAGGAUCAAACCGAAACACGGCCUCCUCUCCCCUCUUAUCAGCGCCGAGGUUAAACAGGCACGUCGAAUCUACUCAGCUGGUCCCUGACUCACCUGCUGCUGUGUCUCCCUUUCCCUCUCUAAACCUGUCCUGUUAUUACUUUUCGUUUACUGUGUUAAACAUCACAGAGGCCGUGACCGCGAUCCAGGCCCCGUCUUUUCGAAUUCCCCUCACCAGACUAGAAUAGUCACAUUUGGCAAGAGUCCGAGAGGAAGACGCUGAAAUUAAUUGGAGAUAAAUGGAUUCAAAGCCCUUGAGGACUCCCUCCCUGUAUCAGGUGCUGUGUGUGUGUGUGUGUCGAGGGGGAUUUUAGGCCAAGAUUCGUCUGAGUAAUUGAUUGCCAUGACGACAGGUGUUUGUGAUUUAUAUUUUUACAUUGUCAUUUGAGAAGAAACUGCAGUGAAAUUAAUUAAAUUCAUGCAGAUAAAUGGGAGAACCCUUUGGGCUCCCUUUUCGUCGUGAGGGUAUUUGGCACUUCUGGGGUGGGGUGGGGUAGGGUGAGGUGGGGUGGGGGAUCCGGUCACAUGUUACCAGACACACACACGAACACACACACAUACACACCUGUCUGCCAUGCCACACCCACCUUCUCUUUGCCCAGCGUGGGUGCAGAUUCCCUCCCCGCUGUUAGAGAAAUGCCAGUCUCUCCGGCUGCCCUGCAGAGAGGAGGUGGAGGAGGAGGAGGGAGGGAGGGAGGAAGGAAGGGAGUGACGAAGAAAGAUAUACAGAAAAAAAAAGAAACAGAGAUGCACAAGGGCACAGAGGGGGGGGGAGCAGAAGAAGGCAUCCAGGGAUUUGUUUUACCUGAUGCCUGGAGGGAAAUGUGAGACGGCGGCAGAUGAGUUGCAGCAGAGAGGAAAGCUCCAGCUCUGUCUUUAGUUUUAGAAGUAUCUGUAUGCGUACGUCUGGGGGAAAGAAUCCUCGAUGAGGGAUAAACGCACAUUCUCCAAAAAGCAAUAUACCCGAGUCCCAGUGUUAGUGUUUGCCCUAUGCAUGUCUCUUCCCCUCCCCUGCCAUGACUUGACAUUUUGUUCCCAGGCAGACUUGGAGCUGUGUGCAAAGUGGGAAAAGCCUGCCACCUAGUGCUCAACCAUUGUAUAGCAGGGUCUCUUUCUUAUUAUUACUGUUAUCAUCAUUAUUAUUAUUCUUAUUAUUAUGCAUGGCUGUUGUUACAUUCCUAUACUCGAAACAGUACACGCACGCAUGAUGCAGAUGCAACUUAUUAUCAUGACACAAUGACAGCGGUUCUGUCUGAAGCAUCCCAUCAAAUAGCAGAGAAAUCACGUAAAGAACUACAGACGUCUAUGUGAAGUUAAUGUCCCGUGUGGCGGUGGUGGCUUAGGGGGGGGGUGUUUCAUCAAGUAUACUGACUUUUUCUAAACUUGUAAAUUCAUUUGUUCUGCCUUUUAUUUUGUAUAUUUAUUUAUUUUUGCAUGUUGGGGAAUAAAUCCGUCGCAGUGUUCCAGUCUGUGUCGUCAUUGCAGCUCAAUUAGAAAAAACUGAGGAAUAUAUCUCGAAGUAAUAUGCAUUUCUUUCCCCUGUGACUGUAUAGUUUUUAUUUGCGUGUCUUGCAGAAACCUGUGACAUGACAAGUAUUUUUGAUAUUUUACCUGGCAUGAUAGCGCUAAUGUAAGGAAUCUGCAAGACACCAGUGGACUUUGUCUGUUUGUGUGUCCAUGUGAAUGUUUAAAAAAAAUGAAGGCAGUUACAGGUUCAUUGUGUAUAUACAGUGCUACAGUACAUGGAGUUUGUUUCCCACUCAGUGCUUGCAGUAGAGCUACAAAAGGCUUUCCCACCCGUGUCUCUAAUAACAUCUAUACUGUGUGUUGUCGUUUUUAUGACCGUCCAAAGGACGUAGAGAAUGUAGAAGUUUAACCGUUUUAUCUUGCUGUGUUUUGAUAUGAAGUUCGACUAUGUUCGUGUUUACUCCUGAAGUGGAUGAGCUGCAGUGCAAUGUUACGAACAUAAAAAGCGAUGCAGUCUGAA